AUGGAUAAUGAUUAUUUAAAACAAAUAGAUACCUUAAAAAUUUCUUUGGCUAAUCUUGUAUCCGAUCAUUCUAAACAAUCACAAGCUAUUCAGGCUAAAAAUAAUAGAAUUUCUGAAUUAGAACAUGAAUGUGAAUAUUUUAAAAAACAAAUUGCUGAGCUUAAUACUAAAUUAGAAAACUUAA